AUACACUCCUGGCAAGAAGACUUCUUUACGACCGUAAUUCGAGAGAAGAUUCGCCUUGUACCUGGCGUCAAUCGAGUUUUUUAAAGUGAUAAAGAUUCACUUUCUUGAAGGAUGAAGAGCAGAUACAUGUUGCUGCUUGUUAGCUUGGCUAUUCUGCCUUUGUACUUACACGGCGAAAAAUGCACACAGGUAAACUUUCUUGGUGGAAUUCGGCGCCCUGUUUUAAUUAUGCUAGAUCAUUGUUCUUUAGCUCAGCUCUUUCAGGUUUUCUGCCGAACACCUAACAGUGCGGGCGAUGAUUAUCGAAUUAAUUCUUUUUUCGGUUUAUAUUUUUUAUGUAAUUCGUUUUGUUUGUAGGAUCAAAUCACUUACGAUUUUACCGAAUGCGAUUCGGCCGAAGGAAGAUGGCGAGUUGCUGUUCCUAAAAAAGAUGGAGGUUGCACUGUGGAAGGCGAAGUACCCGUGCGGCAAAAGGGGUGUUGUAAGUAGAAUUUAACUCUAGUACGAUGCUUAAUAAUGGAAAACGAAAGUGUUGUAUUAAUUCUCUAUUUUUAUGGCAUGAAAAUUCACUAGAAACCUGCCGGGUUAUCUUGACGCUACUUGGCAUUAAUGCACUUACGAACAAUAAGUAUUCCAAACGUGAACAAAGCUUUUCUGAACUGGGUUGAAAAAUAUUGCGACAUAUAGCCUUCUUUCAGCCUUUCCGACAAUCUAUGUGUACAAGGACGAAAAGGACGUGGAUUAUCUUACAGAUCGGGAUGUGUUUAACCCUGGAAAAGCGGAAAAUUUUUCUAAGCUCACUUUCUGAUGAUUAGGGCGAUUUAUUUCAUAUCACGCGUCUCCACAGUUCAUCGUCCUUUCUUUUGUUGUGUGAAUAAUUUUCUUCCUUCGCAAGCAAGUCCUUUACACUGGAAACAGAUACUAAAUGUUUAACUAUGAGAAGGGAAAGAUUGCACUCCUGUUAUCUGUGGAUUUUGAGGAUAACCUUGACAAAAGCCCUUACUGUGCGAGAAAAUUCACGCGAUACAGAAUUAUUUUUACAUGAAUUAUAUCACGUAUGUCGUAAAACCUAAAUGCUGCCCUCUAAACGUUCGGAACUCCACAUUAAGGCGUAGUAAAUUUGUAAAAUAAAAACUGCUGCCUGCCGGUCAGAUAUGGGCUGGAAAAGAUUUGAAACUGCAUCGUUAAUUCCUUGUUUAUUUAAGGGAUCGUUUCUUCAAGGCUAUAAAUUUUAAUUGGAAUUAGAAUAGCAUGGUCAGUAAACUGCAUUUUAAUAAGUUGAUGUUAAAUCAAUGUGAUCAAAAUGUAUUCUAGAAGUUGGAAUUUGGGAAGAUUUUGAGAAUGUAUCGGCUUUGAUACAUCCCAACUAGAAAUCAGAUACUCGACAGGAAAUCCUACUUAUAAAAUAUUGUCUUUCGUUGUUACGCGAGCACUUGCGGUGAAGCUAAACAGUAUAUGACAAAAUAAAGAACGCUUCCGCCGAAGGCAACAGUCCACUUACUUGAUGCAAAUUUUGCAGUGAAUCAACUCUUCUGAGGCUCCAAUUUAUGACAUAAGUAUCCCUGUUUCCCAAACUACCAACCAGACCUUGUCUCAAAAAAACUGUUGUCAUCACAUAAUGUCGAUUUAAAAGUGGAGUAUUUUCUUCUGUCAUUGAAAGCCUAUGUUUACAUAAAUACUCAAUGAUAAUUUUACUGCCUUGAAGUCUGGAGAAGGGGCUUUACGGAGUAACAGGAAGGAGAGGAGGCAAUGAUUUUGUCACCUUUUUCUUUAUUACUGUUGUGCCCAAAACUUGCAUAUAUCCAUUAUGUUUGAUCCAUGUAGUCACUGAUAAACAAUUUCCAAUGUGCAGUCACCUUAAAAGAGACUUGGUAGGAUGGAUUUUAUCUUUUAAUUACCUCCAGGAAAUGGAGUGAUUAGAUUACAAAAGAACUAGGUUUGCAAAAUCUUGUUUAAUUUGAAAGCAAGUGUACAUUACCUGAAAAAUGCAGAAGGCAUUAUGAAUCUGCUUUGCGCAUUGUCAGCUGUCUUGGUUUUGUCUUGAUUAAAUGAGGGAGCAUAAGAAGCCCCAUGCCAAGACACUUUUUAAGUUUGCUGGCCGGCAGGUCAUGUGCCACUUUCAUGGUGUGAGGACUCUAAAUUUUAUACCUGGGAUGUGGAUAGCAAAGUUGCUCAUGAGUUUACCACCCUAAGUAGUUAGCAGGAUUUUCCUAAUCAAAUUUUACAAGGCUUAAUUUUAUAUAUUUUGGUUCAAUUAUAUCCUUGGAUCAAAUUUUAUUUGAACCAAGGAUAAAAAUUUUAAUUUCAAAUUUUAUCUGAACCUUUGUUUCAAACUCAUUAUCAUACAUUACAAUACCCAAAAACAAAAGAAAAUAAAAUUUGAACCAAGGAUAAAAUUGAACCACAACAUAUAUGUGCAAUAAGUGAAGAGUUGAGAGGCCUCUGAUAGUCAGCUAUUUAAAUAAGACAAAAAAGUAAAACUGAACUAAAUUGUGACCUUUUCUUUCUUUCUUUUAUGCUUGGAAAGACUGAUUAAUACUAGAAAGACAAUCAUUUUUUAAAUAAAGAGGAAUAGAUUCUCAUGCCCUUAGGGCACUCACUUGUUUAUGGGCAGCUGCAGUUGUUUUUAGUGGCCAGCUAUUAAAAAUCUCUGGAGAACAUUGUGUUCAACUGAGAAAAGUCUUGGACUAGAUGUCUUACUGUCAAAGCUAUUUUCUCUUUCCUUAGCUUUCACAUGUGAUCCAGGACAUUAUGUUGAUGUGACAAGUAAGACCUUGGAGUGUAAAGCUUGUGCUAAAGGAACAUACAGUGUUGGAGGAGGGGUGCGCUUCAGUGACUGGGAUAAACUUCCAACUGGAUUUGAGAGUCGCACAGUAGAUGAGCAUUAUCAAGAAUAUGGAUAUGACAAUGAAUACUUCAAAGAAGCAAGUGGAGCUAACUGCUCAAAGUAGGGAGAUAAAUUAAUUUUUGUUUGUCUGUCUCCCAGCAAGUUGUUAUAUAGGGAAAUUUGCAUUGAGUAGUACAUAUCAAGGUCAUCUAGGAUUGCCUUAGUUUUGCUUUGCUUUACUCUGAGGUUCAAAGGAUAUGUCACCCUUUCAGCUUCUCAUUCCUCUCUGAUGACUUUAAUGUUGGCUUCCAACAAAGCCUUGGACAUUUGAACUUUUGAAAGUUUGUUAGUUCAAAUUCUUGCCCUCCUUGGCAAAAAACUGUGUUCACAUGCCCUGCCAAAUUUCUUUUGUGAAAGGUAAAAUCAAUGACCCAGACUUUUUACACAUAAACCAUGUGUUAAAACUUAGACCCGGUAGACCUUUUCUUCUGCACUGUUCGCUUGUAAAAGUGAAUUUUGUACCUUAAACUUCUCCAUAUUUAAAAAUGUAAUUCUUGUAUUCUGCUGAAAAGACUGGACACUUCAAGAUCAAAUUCCUCACCCCAGCUAGGUAAGGUUCAAAUUCAUCAUGCCCCAAUCAUGGAUGACAGCGAAUUGCCAGUGGGUUGUAAUGCCCCUCACAGAGGCAGCACCACAGUUUCUUUAGAAACUUACUCCUCUUAGGACUACCCUCACCUAGACAAUUAGACACCAUGAUCAAAAAAUACCCAGGUUCAAGCCAUUUACUAUAGGCCAAUUCUUGUUCUUAAAAAACUUUCUUGAGUCAUUUGUGAAUCUUGGUUUGUUCUUUAUUUUAGGACUGGAUGGUUACCAUCAGGCGACAGUAUCAUGUCACCAGAAGAUGAAUGCACCUCAGAACUGUCAUAUGCCGUCACUGUGAGUUUCAAACAAUCUUUUUGUUCUUUUAAUUAAAUUAACACCCAUCUGGGUUCUUUGUGCUAGAAUAAUUUGGGGUAUAAUAUUCUCUGCUUUUAACUAAAGGUUUCUUUCAGAAUAUUUAUCUACAGAACUACUGUUAGUAAUGCAUCUGAAAAAUAAUCUUUAUUUUUUUGUGGAUACAGCUAGAAAGAGAUGGUCAUGUGCAAUUUGAUUAUUACUACACUGACGACAUCUACACUGUUUUCCGCGUAUUUGUAAGUAUUUUUUUAUAGUACCCUUUGUGAUUUUGAAAUUGAAGAAUGGCUAAUAAUCUGUGUCAGUAUUAUUAAUAACUGUAAUAGGUAUAUUCAUGCAUUGUUGACUAAGUGUGGGGUCAAGAUGGCUGGAUAGUGGCAUUCUUAUUUUUCACAUUUUAAUGGCCCGCUUCAAGAAUUUUUUUUUCUUGUAUGGUAUCAAAGUGGGCAAUCCUGAGCAGGCAAGAUGGGCUGCUUUGUAGUAAUGUUUUUUUUGUAUACCUAUAUUAUUUAACCAACAAAGGGAGUCAAGGAAUCUUAAAUGCACUUGAUGUAUUGAAUAUGUGAUUAUUUAUUUAUUUGUCUGUCGUUUAGUAACAGGUGUGUAUUUCAUUAUUUUAUAUUGUUAGGUGAAUAAAAUAAUAGAAUAUAAUAACAGAAAUUUUUAAUGGUUCAGACAUUCUCCUCCAUCUUCUCUUUACUGGUGAGCAGGGGACAUUCAAGAACCCACACAUAUGUAGAAGGCAAGGUAGCCCCCAGUAGUGUUGUGGUCAGGCUUUGUUAUAAUUCAUAUGGGCCCUCAUUUAAACCAGCUUUAAAGCUGAACUUGGCCAGCCUGUGUGAAUAUUGCAAAUGAAUUUUUGAAUAAAUAAGCAUCAAUUUAAUUUUUAUUUUUCAGGUAAGAAAUGAUCAGUGCAAAGUUUCUAGUCUGGAUAAAGAGGAUAAGUUCCCUCCACGUACUACAAACAGUGAAUGGGGAACAACCAAGGUAACAUUUUAGGAAAGAUGUGCAAAGGUUAGGAGUUUAGGCCCUUUUAGAGAACUCAAAAGUUUUGUUUUUUCCAUGCUCCUGACUGAGCUCAAAAUUUACCAUCUUUUCUUAAUUAACUUACAGAAUGUAACAUUUGGUUUAUUUAUCAUUAUAAAACAUUAUUUAUCUCCCAAAUCAUUCUAAACAGUAUACAGUGUAUGGCAGUCUGCAGCCUUUGCCUAAAUUUAGGCAGUUUGAAAACCACAAAACUCCACGACAACCAUUUAUCUUUCAAAUAGGCACUCUUACCCUGGCAGAGCCGAUUGUUGCUUUUCCUUUAACCAAUUUAUAAUAAUUGUGACAACCCACAUUUUCUCUAUUUGCUCUGAUGAGGGGCUAACACUCUAAACAUAAGUUUAAGAAACUCUUUAUUGUGGCCAAUUUACCUAUCAACUCAGUUGACUAAACCAAAAUAUCUUUUAAAAAAAUUUUGUUUCAUAGUGAUGACAAAAUAUAUCUGAUUUGGAAUCCACAUACAUGUUAAAGUCCCAAUUGUCCAAGACAUUGCUAAAUCACAGCUUAAGGGUUAAGAUACAACAAAUUCCUCUUGAAGAAAUGUUUCGUGUAUCAUUUUAAUUUACAGAUUAAUUUGAAAGCUGGUAGGAAUGUGAUCAAUUGGCAAGUUACAGCAAUCACCUAUGGCUCUCAUGACAGACGAGAACCUGUUUACAUCAGAAGCAUUGAAAUUCAAGGUCUGACUUAAGUUUUAUUAUUUUAUUGUACAGUUAAUAGUUUUGUUUAUACACCCUAACCAUUUUACUGUUAAGAUCUACAUAGCAGGUCCCUGCCAGUUUGUUGUUACUAGUACAUAUAAAUCAAUUAGUAUCUGUUAGUUGAUAUUACAGUGUUGAUAUGAGUAAUUGACUUAUGAUUGAGUUUGAUUGAGUGGGAUGCAAAAAUAUUUGUCUCCUGGUCAUGAUGCAGGAACCUCACUGGACUACAUAUAGGUCAGGAUGUCAUCUCCUUGAAUGAAAUAUAUUCGUGCCUCCCUUUCUGUUAGUAAGCACAUAGUGUUCUUGGCACCUUUUUGCUUAAAAAUGCUUUUAAAGUCAAGGGAGGUUUUCUGUUAUUCACCUUUGGGUGAAGGAGGGAAGAUGACUGACACAGACUAAAAGAUAAUCUUGAGAUUAAUUAUGUUAACCCUUUACACCCUAACAUCAGUAUACAUAUUCUCCGCACUCUUCUUUAUACAUUUACUAAGGUACUGACAAGGAGAAUUUGUUAGCCAAUCAAACGGUUUCUUCCCUGCUGACCAUUUCCUUAAUUCUCAUGACCUUAAAUGUGUGAUUCAAGAGUGAUAUUGUAGGGAGAAAUUAGAUGCUUGGCACUCUUAGGGUUUAAAGGGUUAAGACUGUAUGCCUUGACUGUAUAUUGGAAAUUAUCAUUGGACUUUUUACUUAUGUUGCCAUGUAAUCUAAGCCUUGCCAUUUUCUUAUCUUUCCGAGGUUGUUUCAUUUUGUUGUUGUUGUUGUUAGGGGUGUCUUACACAUCAGAGUGCACACCAUGUGAAGCAGGAUAUUACAACAGUGAGGAAGCUCAAGGAAGGUAAAAAUAAUCAACUUGAAAUUCUUAUUGUAGCUAAUAUUCUUUAGUUCCCGCAUGGUUUUCUCAACAUGGAUAAUUUUAGUUCAGGCCUGAGUUAUGAGAAAUAAGUUCAGCUUGAGCUGCAGAAACAUGUCUGCUACAAUUUGUACUGACUGGGUUUUGAACAGCUUAGUCACGAAAUUUUGGUUUCAAACUCUACCCUUUUGGAUCUUACAUACUGAUUAUUUUUCACAAGUGUACCUAUUACAAAUUCCUUGACAUACCCCACAAACAUUUACUAAAAAAAACAUUUUCAUUUCCACGAUUUAAUUAUCAAAAUGAAUUCUUUACUGUCUCUUUUACAUUCCUAGUGGUUUUAGCUUUGAGAUUUUGACUCUAAAUCAAACAACAUCCCCUAGUUGAUAUUCUUCUCACUUCUCACUACCUCUCUGUUUGAAAAUGUAUUUACAUGGUUUGGAGAAAUUCAUUUUUGAUCUUGUCAUAAGUCAAAAGGGAUGUUAUUGGCAAUUCCUCCAAAAAAUAAUGAAUUUUGAUGGUUAAGUUCUGUGUCUUUCAAAGUUAAUUCACUUGUAGUAACAUUUGUUAAUCAAGUGUUUACCAAAAUACAUACAUAAUUUCUGGUAUUGAUUUCUGACCUUUUGAGCUUAAUUUUAUUGUAUUUUCUUGUGUUUUCAGUUGUAAAAUGUGUCCUGCAAAUACCUUUUCUGCCCCUGGUGCUACAGAGUGCUCAAAAUGUAAUGAGCUCACUGAAUACGCUGGUAAGACUCCCAUACAUGUAUUUGUGAUAUUUUAUUCUCUUUUAAUGAAAAUAAGCAAUAGAUGAUAUGAUUCUUAAAGACUUGUUUUCAUCAUUUGACAGACCUUGUUGAAUGCGUAAAAACUUGAAAUUUUAAUCCAUCAUUUUGAGUGGUUUGUGUACAGUGAAUCAAAUACAUGUAAUUAUGAAUAAAAUAACUUUUUAUGAACAAUUCCAAAAUUAACAUAAUUUUUAACUUGAAGCAAUUUAAGAUAUUAUACAAGUUAUGUUUUUGGGAAUGGAUAAAUUUUUCACACCAACUGAAUGCAAAAUCCUGUGUUAUUUUUUUCAAAAGCUCGUGGAGCAAGGAAUUGUACAUUAAGGAAGCCAUGCACAGAGCAAGACUACUACGACAUUCGCACAGCAUGUGAUAGUGAACACAAGGUAUGUGUAUUGUGAUUAAUGGCAGCUGAAUUCUUUGUAUCCAUUCUAUGAACAUCAAAUCUUUUCUUGGAAAAGUGAUUAUUUUUUUAUGUUAUUGUGGUGUAACCCAAGUUACUGAAUGAAACAUGGUUUAUGCUUCAUAAAAUAUUAGGCUAUUAUUAUCCAACUGCACAAAGUAGAGUACAAAUAACAUGUGAAUAGACAGGGCAUGAAAUUAAUUUUUUUUUUCUGAUAGCCACUUGGCUCCUAAAUUCUUCAAAGUGGUAGCCAAUUCAAAAAAAGUUGGUCACCAUUUUCAAAGACAAACAAAACCUUUUUUUAUGCUGUCAAUGUUUAAGAUAGACACUCCAAAAUUAAUUUAGGGAAAAGAUCUCUAACGUUCUACAAAGUGGACACUAGGAUGGAUGAUAUACAACCUUCAAGCUCACCUAAAUCCAAGAUGGCGUCUAGUUAUCGAUUGAGAUACUUGAUCUGAGUUUUGGAAACAAACUUAACGAGGAAGUUUGCCGCUGAUUUAUCUUUACAAAUCUUUUUGAUUCACUAUAUCUCUCAGUGAGGUUGUGAUGAAACGUUCUAGUCACCAAUUUGGCGACUAAUUUUCAAGGUUUGGUCACCAAAGGGAAAAAUUUAGUCGCAUUGGUGCCUGUAUUAGGCACAAUUUCAUGCCCUGAUAGAGUAUAAAUAUCAUGCAAUAUUGCAUGGUUAUUUGGACAGUUGGUUAUUUUGUACUGUAAAAAACCUGUUUAACCAGUUAGCUGCGCAUGCUGUGCUUCUCUAUCUGCUUUGCUUUUCUCAACUAUGAGAAAUAAUAAGAAAGACAUAGCAGAAAAAAAUGUAGUUCUUUGUAUUUUGACUGGCCCCAUGGGCUUGUCAAAAUAUGACACAACUCUUAAAAAUACUCAGCAAUACUACACACCUAAAUGUUCCAUGAGAUAUAUAUAUUCUUUUGCCCUCUUGUCUCUCAGACCCAAGUGAAGUAUAUGUGGAUAGAACCAAAGAUCUGCAGAGAUGACGUGGAUGGAGCUAAGAAGUUGCCUGCAUCUGGCGUGAAGGAAGAUUGUCCUCCUUGUAACCCUGGAAUGCAUCUUAAUGGCACAGGCGAAAGCAGUUCUUGUGUCUUUUGUCCUGUUAAUGAAUUCAGUGAUGGCAAAGCAGGUGAGAUCUGUUGUGUAGUAGAGCUUCUCAUGGUGGGUGAUACAUUAGCUUGAUGGUUAGUGAGACUCUGAAUUUAGAGGUCCAGAUUUGGCCUGGCUAGACCAUGGUGUUGUGUUCCUGGGUACAACACCCUGCUUUCUUGUUGCUUUGAUCCACAAAUCGUUGCAGAGGUGGGAGUGGGAAGGGUGACCUGUGAUUGGAUAACCUAUGGUGGAAUAGCUCCCUGUCUAGGAACCAGUAUUCCUACACAAACAGAACCUUCUGAAUUCUGGGAAUAAGCCUCUGUGGGGGUGGAAGUCAACCUUAAUUAAAGACUUUACAUAUUUGCAGAUAUCUCCUGUAGAGAGUAAACCUUGGACUGUGAAAAUCACAUGCACCUUUUCCUCAUACAGGUUUCUAUACAGUACUAACAAAGUUCUUUAUGUCUUGCUUAGAGUGUAAGAAGUGUCCAGUGUCCACUGAGCCAGUUUAUGGGCAUCACCUCACAUGGUGGCAUAGUGUUCCAGAAAAUUUAAGAGCCACUUGUUUCUCUAUGUCAGGUGUGUGACACUUCAGGCUGGUUUACAUGAUGAUUAAGUUGUCCUGCAAAUGUGUAGCGGUUUGUUGAAAGAUGUUUAAUAAUGUAUUCAAGUUCUUAUCUGUGAAUUUGGCAAUUUUUGCCCAAAAAAUUUUGUUGUGGCUGAUGUUUGCAGUUAAAUUCUGUGAAAACUUCAAAAGUUGAAAUGACUCAGUUAAAUUGUUGCUGUGUGCAGGGAAGGUUAAUUUAGUCUGCGUUGUUGGUUGUUGGGGGGUAGUUGAGGGGAGGGAUGGGUGGUGGCAGUUUUUUACUGACUUGUCUGUACUUAUUUUAUCAAGCAACUACUUUUUUUUUUUUUUCAGAUCGUGGAUGCACCACAAAGCAGGGCUGGCAACCUCGUGGAAACUACCUUGACAGUGGCAUCAAUCAAGCAGAUGAUGUCUACAUGACACUGAAACUUCCUGUAGGAGGCUUUGGAAGUCCUGAGGGUCUUAAAAAUCCCAAACGUGGCCAGUUUGGUGUUGUGGAGUUUGUCUUUGAAUUGAUCUGUGAUGGAGAGUGUACUUUUAAAUUCAAAGAGGUAAUUCAUAUUAGUCGGAAGAGUUCAUGAAUGUCUACUUACUCCUCUUCACCCUGAAUUUCUAUAUUUCUCAAGAGUUAAUUCUUUGAGAUAUAGCUGUUAUUUAGAGAAGUUGUGAUGACUAGAUGAUAAUGAUGAUGAUGGCCAUAAUGGUUAUGUUGAGAUGGUUUGAUAAUGGAGAUGAUGAUGAUUCUAUUGAUGACAAACAAUAGAAAAAAUCCCAAAUUUAUUUUACUCUUGUCUGGGGAGUAGGAGCAAUAAUGGACUAGUGGCAAGAAUGCUCGCCUCCCAUCGCUGUGGUUCAAUUCUUGCACUGUGCAUUGACAUUGAGUUUGUUGUUGGUUCUUGUCUUUGCUUUGUUGGUUUAUUCUCUGCGUUCUCUGGUUUUCCUACCUCCACAAAAACUAUGAUGUAAAACUCCAAUUUUAUCUGAAGGCAGUGGACAAGGAGGGCCACCUCUGGGAAUGUCUGCUGCUUAACUCCUAGUUUAAUUACUCCCAUUGUUGUUAUGGAUGUCAGUUAUGUUUGUAAUGGUUAAUUAACUAGUAAAGUUUCAACUCAUUUAAUUAAUUUAUUCUUUACAUUUUGUCUUUCACACAUGCAAUUUCUAGAAGCCACAGUCUAAAACUACAAAUGUGAUUCAAACAUGGACAGGGAGAAAUGGAAAGCAGAAGUACAGGUAACAAUAGAAAUUUCAUUUAAGUUAUUUUGAUUUUUACCAGCAUUGAUUAUGAUGAUUGUUUCCAUUGAUGCACAUUUAAUAAAUAAUUAUACAACCAAGUCUUUGUAAACUAAGUUACAAGGAAGUGUGUGAUAACUGGAGGGGAGAAUUACUAUCUGAUCUAGGGAGUCAAAAGGUUGAUAAAUAAUUCCACAACUGAGUGAAAAUUUUAAAGGUUUUUUCCUUUUGUUUUUUUUUUUAGCUACAUCAUUUCCUCACAGAGGGAAACUCAGUUUAUCUGGACAUUUCAAAAACAGAGUUCCUACUCAUUUAGUGAUGAUCAACUGUCUUACACCUAUGGUGGUGAUCGGUAUGUUUCUUUAUUUGUAAUUACUUUUACCUGUAGUUAUGAAGACUAGAAAAAGUAAGGCAAUAUGUUUUGGGUAUUGGACACAGUAAAAAUUUGCUUUAUAUGAAGUGGAGAAUUUUUGAUGAAAAUCUUUUUCCCCAUCUCAGAUGGCUCAAUUUUAAACUGUUUGGAGUCUUAGUCUCAGGGAACUACCCCUACAAAUGCAGGAAAAAUAAAAAACUUUUGAGUUUGGCUACCUAUGAGGAAUCAACUUCAGACCUUUUUCCAAAGGAUCUGUCCCCUUUUGUGUCCUGGCCUUUAAUAUGUAUAAUUUUUGAUUAGCAAUUACUUUUUUCAAAACAGAUAAAAAUCUUUGCCCUUAACUCAGUGGCUCAAUUAAAUUGGUUUGAAUCUUUGACCCAGGGUCUGCCUAUUGUAGUGUUCUGGCCUAUAUUAUAGCUUAGCUAUUGAUCUCCUGUAGUGUCCUGGCCUUUAUUAUGACUAAGUAUAGUUUUUGAUCUGCUAUUAAUUUUCUCAAUAGAGAAAGUUGUUUUUCUGUGUCAUUGCAAUUGCAAGGGAAAAAGAAAAAAAACCUGAGUCCCCACGAGGAAUCAAGCCUCAGACCAUUUGUGUCCUGCUCUGAAAUGCUCUACCACAGAGCCACAAGGAACUUGUUGAUUAACAUUACUACAUUCAUAUGUGACUGGUUAUCAAAUAUGUGACAAGUUCUCAAGUUAUGUCAUUCUUGUAAUGUUUUAAGACUCAAUAUAAUUAUACAUUCUCUUUUCCUCCAGAGUGAAGAUUUACUCCAUUACUGUGAACAACACCAUCGAUGGAGGUGCUGAUCAUUGCCGAUCCUGUCCAGUAUCCUCAGGGAGUGGGUACGUAGUGCCCUUCCUAAAGCUGUGCCUUAAGUCUGCGACACAGCUCACACAAGUGUUAACUACAGUACAUUAGCCUGUGGGGUUUGUAGAAACUCUCAUACUCAAAAUCCCAAGUUUGGCAUUUGACCCAUCCUAUCACUGCAAAAUGUUUUGGUAGCAAUAUGUUUUUUGUGGCAAACUAUAAAGGGUUGUUUUUGAAAUUCAAUGGGUGGUUUUUAGUGGUAAACAACAUUCAAUCCUGCAAUGCACUUCACUGUUAUGACUGAUGCAUCAUGCUUUGUCUCUGUUCUUUUUUUUUUUUUUCUCAGAUGUAUAAGCUGUCCCAAGGGUAACUAUGUGGAUACUGAGAAGCACAAAUGUGUGCCGUGCCGUAUAGGUAUUUUUUUUUGUUUUGUGCAUGGAAAAGAAUGACUUUUUUCAUGUGCUUUGUCAAAUCAUUUAGGAUUCUGCUUUUGCAGUGGAAAGGGGGCCUGAACUUUCUACUCAGAUCCUCUCUUUUUUGUCAACAGGCACCUAUUUGAACACCAAUGACCCAUAUGGAUCUAAAGCUUGUGUCAAAUGUGGACCAGGUUUAACCAGGUGCCAAAGAUUAACUUGUAUUUUUGCCUGUCCAUUAUUAAUCAUAAAAGCAACAGGCUAGCUUAGUGAGUAGCUUGAAUCUUGAAAGAGCAGGAACCUUAAUUUUGCUUUGUACUAGAAUUGGACUUCAUUUUUGUUGUGUUUCAUUUUUAGUGAGGCGGGAUCCACCAUGUGUCAUUCUGACUGUUUCUAUACCUCCAUCAAGCAUAUGCGACAAUUCAACUUUACUGGUCUCCAAGGGUAUGUACAUUGUAGAAACAAACAAAUCUUGCUCAGUUAUUAAUUAGUCUUUUUUAAGGAUGUGUAAAUGACUGAAUAUAUAUUUUUGACAAAAAUUGUUGCUUUCCGAAGUGGUAAGGAGUAAAAGUAGUGUGAUUGUGAGUGUGCUAAACGUAAGUAGGGAGGUUUAGUGUCAAUCCAGGGUGAGCCAUUGUGUUGUGUUCUUAGACAAGAAGCUUUUCUUCUCACAGCGUCUCUCUCGGCCCAGGAGUGUUUUUGAGUGCCAGUAAACUAUCAGGCAAACCUGAUGGACUUUGGGGGGAGGUGUGGGUAGUAAUGAUCCUGUUCACUUCACGCUCCAGAAGCUAGGACAACCUGCAGCAGUAAUGGGUGGCUUGGAUCAUGAUGUUGUAUGGUUAACGUAGUUCCGUUUGUGAUUAUUUCCACAUAGUACCUGUGAACUAACUACAAUAAAACAACAAGGUUCCUUUACAGACUCUAAUUCUCUUUUACUUUAUUCAUAGACCUCAGAGCGUUGCCACUGGUCCUUCGUUCACCAAGCGUGGCUUCCGGUACUAUCACCUCUUCAACUUGAAUUUGUGUGGACAUCCAUACAAAAUGGCAAAGUGUCACAAUAACAUCAGUCUUUCCACUGGCAAAUCAGUGAGUGUCAUCCCUAGAUCGGAUUCGUAGUUCUCCCAUACAUUUCUCACGAAGAGCCUACGAGAAUUUGCCACUCGAUCUUGACGUAAUCCUCUCGGCAAGAUUCUGUAAUAUGUCCCCGUAAUUAACUUCUUCAAGUCAAAUUAAUUCGUUUUAUCUUUGCAGUCAUGUGCCCCACUGCAAACUAGGUUGAAUUUUUACAACUUGUAUUGAAGACAAAAUUCUGUUGCAAGGAUUUUUCGAGUUGAUUUUCGUGUCACACGAAGCUGUAACCUGUGGACCAUGUGUACCAACCGAAACCCUUUACACCCAAAUAUCAGUAUUCGUAUUCUCCAUACAGUUCUCUAUAAAUUUCCCAAGGUGCUGAUGAGGAGAAUUUGUUUAAAAAAUAAGAGCUUCUUUUAUUGGUGAUCAUUUCUUUUAUUCUUACGACCCAAAUUUUUGAUUCAAGGGUAAUAUUUCACGAAGAAAUGAGAAACCAGUCACCCUUGCGGGUCAAAGGGUUAGAAGACCGCUGAGAGUUCUUUUUAUCAAUCUUAACAGGAAGCCUAUAAUUUGACUUCACCUGUUUGCCGCAUGACCGUUGUUCCUGACCCAGUUCUGAUGACUACACAGACAUUAAGGUGAGAGAAUCACGAGUUACUUCUUCCACAAAGAAUACAACGCUCGUAUUGAACGUUGGCUUUUCAACAGUCCAUGCCGUCUGUAGCCGAGUUGUUGGCAAAUUCGAGAGAUCUUGUUGACGAUUUACUGCAGAAAAUAAAGAGUUAAACUUAUGGAAUUUCAACCGACCCUCACUCAAAUUCUCCCCCUUCCCCUCUUACAUACAUACAUGACAUCCCACUCUAGUUGAAUUCAAACGGGAUAAAUUUAUAUUUUACUCAUCUUCUACCAAAAAAAAAAACAUUAUCAAUGGUUUUUUCUUAUAUUUCAGCAUUGCAGACCGCCUUGAAGGCAUUUAUGAAGACAUUGCCGACAAUAAGACCAACGAAACCUCAGUAUUCGCUGGAAAAGAAGGUAUGACGACAAUGAUCAGCGAGUAGUCUAGGAAUUUUGAUAGUCGUACACUAGUAUCAGUGAUAGUGGCAGUGGUAGUGAAAUUGAAAGUAACGGUAUCAGUAAUAAAUUUUGCUCAUUUAUGCCUUUUCUUGUAUUUCCGGUCUAGUGAAAAACACCUCAACCUUUUUCUUGUUCAAGUUCCACGGUGACAAGUAAGUGAUAUAUGCCUCGCUUGUUUUCAUAUUCUAUCACUAUCGAAUGUUUCUAAUUGUGUACAAGGUUAUACAAUUUUGAUAAAUAGUAGUAAGGAAGUUAAACGAAAUUUGGAGUUUGCACCCUUUUUUUCAACUGAGAAAGCAGAAUGUGAACCAGGAGAACGUCAGUGCAGCGUCUUGUUGCUUUUAUUUUUUGCCAAAAAUAAAACAAAACGUAGCCAGAAGUCAGUCUUUGCCCGAGACUCUCAACUUUUGUCUGACUAUAAUUUCCUAUAAGCUGUUACCGUUUUUGUACUGAAUGUGUAAAAAUAACUUGAUACGUCACUACAAACCUUUUCUUUUACGACGUGUAAACUUUACAACUUGCUUAAAACUGUACAAAAUAUUUGUUUGGCAAGUUAGAAAUUAAAACAAGAGGUGACUGUAAAUUAAGACGGAAUGAGAGAGCUUAGGAUACAGAAGAUUUCAAAAGAUGGCUGAUGACGAACUUGUAAAACUGAGGCUAAAUUUCUUGAGAUGGACAGGUUAUGACACAGCUUUUUAAAUUAACGUAUUUCAGACCCACUCAAGCCUGCCCUAAUGGCCGGUCAGUUUGGACAACAGUGCUGUGUGACCCUAAAGUAGGAAAGGUACGUUUAUAGAAUUGUUUGUCAACUGAGGCUUAAUUUAGUGGUUUCCCUCGAAUGGUGUCUUCUCUUAUUAGAGUUGUGACUAAAGAGUGGUCUAAUGAUAUUGAGAAGGUCUUGACGCCUCUCGAAUCUCCAACCUUGCUUCUUGGAAGCUUCAGACAUUGAGUAUCUUGUAUUGAGCAUUCGAGGUUCGACUCCAUUUAUUACAGUACAAAACGCACUUGGUUGCGAAAAAACUUUGACGUCUGCUGAGCAUGAUCCACAAACAAUGAGACCAAAUGGCCUUAUGACUGUUUACAGUGCUACGUGUACUAUGUGAUUUUUGCGGAUAUUUCACAGAAGUGUACAAAAGUAUAUUGAUAUAUUGCAUAUUAAGGUAAACCGAACCCCCCCCCCCUCCCCCCAAGGAAUAAUUACUACAAACCUUUGGUUUCGUUAUAGGGUUCGUUUGAGUUGCCCUCCAAAUGCCCGGAUGGUACCUGUGAUGGCUGCCGGUAAGUGAUUUAUUACAAACAAAUAGAAUAGAAUCCCAUUAACAGUCUUUGGACUGCGAGUAACGUUUGAUGAGUGCAUUGGUAUGUCUGUGAUUAACAUGUUACGCUCUCGUUCAUAGGUUUGAGAUCCUGUGGCGCACGCCUCGUGCGUGUCCAACCUGUUCGCAAUUUGAUUACCGCAAAGUGAUUUCCUCUUGUGAGGUAGGUUUGAAGUUCGUAUGAUAUUAUCACAAUUAUCUACUUGAAAGCUGUUCUCCAGAUCUAUGGUAACAUGGUUUAAGGCAAAAUACAGAAAGCUUUUAGAAACUGGAAAAACGGGGUAUAUCAAGGGUCUGAGGUUCUGGUGGAGGAAGGGGGCGUCUUUCAGUCUUGAGCCGCGGUUUGGACGCGAAAUGGGCGCGUCUAUUUCAAUCCAACCGCGCUAAUACGCUUUAAGUUUGUCGGGCAGGCUUCCCAGGAUAGUCGAUUGUGUAUCUUUUUAGGAUAACAAGCCAACGAAAAGAAUUGUUUUAAACAACUGACUUUAUUUUUAUCCAUUUCAGUAAGUAAACUAAUAAUAAAAUAUUUUGCAUUUAGAGUGGAAAGAAGAAGACUACAUACAUGUGGAAAGAACCAAGGUAAGAGGCCGCUAUCUUUAUGGUUUUGAGGUGGUUUUGUGCCUUAAGGCUCAGAAUGUUAAUCAUGCGGUGUUCAUGUGUGGUUUUGUUGAUCAUUUCAGAGUUUGCCAAGGAGGUGUUCCCUUACCUGCAGAACGAGAAACCAAAUGCAGUAUUUUUGAACAGUCGGUUGGCUCAGCUAUGAGGGACUUCAAGGUAUAAGCAACAUUCGCUAUGCUGGCCGGUCAGUCCGUCUGUCAGUUAGUCUGUUAGUCUGUUAGUCUGUCAGACGGCCUGAUAGUCAUUCAGAGAGUUAGCCAGUCCGUCAGUCAGCUAGUCAGUAAGUCAGACGGUCGGUUUAUCAGUCAAUUGAUAAAAACGAGGUAAGUUUCGAAAUAAACUGUAGUGUUGCGUAGGUUUGGGGGGGGGGGUAUAAAAAGACAAUUUGGUUUUUUCAAUCGAGUUGAUAAUGUAAAUUGGCCAUCGUAAAGAGCGACGACUGGCCAACACUCGAAACGUCAGCUGAGAAACUCUUUACGGUGGCCAAUUUACAUUCUCAACUCAGUUGUUAAAACCAAGCUAUGUAAUCGGUCGAUUUGUCUAUCCGCCAACCUUGCGGUCAAUUACUCAUUCAUUCUUGCGGUUCAUAGCAAACGUCUUUUUUUUUUCUUUCUCAUAACGAUGACAGGCAUGUUACUACUUAUACCAUGAUUGUUCUUUUUUUUUUUUUUGUUCAGAUUGUGAUUGCUGUUGUUGCUGCUCUUGUUGUGCUGAUGAUCUGCGCAGUCUUUGGCUUGUGGUACAAUAACCGAAAGUACGUAAAUCAGCAUUCUCUUUGUUAAUGCUUGUUGAUGCAUUUGACCUUUUCCGGUUAGUUUUCGGGUUGAGUUGCCAGGUUUUCAGCUUUUUUCUGGUUAUUGUAUUGUGUUCUUUGGGUUGAAUCUUUUCUCUCACUGUUUCUCCUUAUUCGACCAAAGAGUCAAUCUGCUAGGGGUAGGAGUGGGCGAAGAGUUAAAAAGAUGAACUAGAAAUCCCGCUAAGUAAGAAGAAACAGUUCAGGAAGCUUAAGGCUGCAGAUACCUGCGUGGCUGUGUGGAUCACGCCACCCAUAAUUGGCAUUUAGGCCAUGAAACGUAAGUGUGGUUUACGUUUGUCGUUUUCUUUGUGGCAGGCUGACAUACAAGUAUCAUCGCCUGGUAAAUAAGAGUGGUGAUAAUUCUGGUGAGUUGCCAGGUGUGGAGAGAUGUGUGGUGGACGACGACGAAGAGGACGAAGAAGAGGUAAUUUGCCUUUGUAGACCGCAACGCCUUACAUUCUUUUUCGUUUGUUUAUUGUUCUUGUGCAAGAGUGCUAAUUGUAGUAAAAUUUUGUGUGCGCUUUCUUUGUGUCAUUGCGUAACGUUGCGUAACGUAGCAUGUAUUCAACCGUAUUGUUCAUCGUAGUUUGGUGCAGUUUUUGCAGUGUAGUUUUGUCGAGUGUAGUUUGGUAUAUUUGUUCUUUUCGCUUCGUGCAGUUUGUUCGCCACUAGGCAGGAUCUAUAACAUCGCAACAAAUGUAAGUUUUGUAUCAUGUAGUUUUCUUCGUUGUUUUCGUUGUAGCUUUCCUUGUGUAUUUAGUCUAGUUUAUAUUGUAAUAGUUUUCGUUCGCUGUUUUAUUUGCAGUUUUAACCGUACCGUGUCGUUUCAUUCCGCGUUAAAAAUUGCGCUAGAAUUAAUUAGUAUUAGUCGCCAGUGGCAGUUACAGCCUUAGAUUAUUUUCUUUCAAGAGUUCUUGAAUAAUGCUCGGGUGUGUGCACGUUAUUUGUUCAUUUCGUUUAUUCUCGUUGGAAACUUUUUGUGUCAAUUCUUUCGUGGAAGUCCGUAAACCUUCGCAAUUUUGGCAUCGACGGACAAGAGCUGCUCGUUAACCCCUAGAGCUGCAUAUUUCACCACAUUGCAUUUUACUUCAAUACUCCACAACUAUACAACAAUGGGCACAUGCAGUCAUAGACUGCCUUUUAUGUGUAAUGUUAAAUCCGUAGCAGCCAUCUUUGGGUGGUUUCCGUGUGAGUUAUCAGUAAUCUUCGGAAAGGCUCGGGCGAUAUGAAUCACACCUCGGGAAGCGAGAUUUAACUUAAAGAGCAUUCCUUUUAUACUGCUCGUAAUGACAUUGUUUUAAUUAAGGUUUUUUUUUUCUCUUUACUUAGGUUCACUUUAAAGUCGGUAAGGACCGCGGUAAGAAGAUUCUGAAGAAAAUAAAGGACAUGGCCAGUGGUGGAAAGAAGAAGGUAGGAUUUUUUUGUUUUCAUGCACUCUCUUUUACUCCUGUAGAAUUCCUGGAAAAUAUUAGAAAGAAAAAGAAGGAAAGUUUUUUUUUUCCAGUUCGUGCUCUGGUUUUUCCUUCGUUUCAAAGCCGUCCGCCUACGCGAAUUUUUUUUUGUAAUAGUCGUUCAGUUUUUCAGUAUCUACAACAGUUCAACAGAUGUUGUUUAUUUUUCUACAAAAUUUUCCCCGGGAAGGUUAUCAACAAGCAUCCUCCUCGCGCCCUAGACCUAUUUUUUCCUGGCGCACGUCUUCAUGUCGCGCGUGGGAUACUGGGUGAAAGAGGCCCCGAGGCCCUUACGGUGCUGCUGGAACAAGAUAGUCCCAGGCCCUAGAAUGUCUUGUGCUGCAUACCACAAUCUACCGUUUGAGCACAAUGUACUUAGUGAUGUGUUUAAUCCUAGGAGAAGGUUACAUUUGAUGACGAAGACGAUGAAUAUUUUGAGUCUGUUCACCUGGAGCCUGGGAAAGACGCACUCGUCGGCGACUUCCAGUAAACAUGAAUCUCGACACAUAAGACAUGCUGUUAUGCAAUCACAUGAAAUUCAAUCAUCAUAGAAUUGAACCUCUUGUCUUCACCGCUAUUCCACCGUCAAUACAAAUCAAGUAGUUGAAGGAGCAGUAAACUAAAGAAGCUACGUCACUGUGUUUAGUUUUUGCGCCGUGCAAAACCCACCUUCAUAUUUCAGAAGGCUUUGAAAUAUUAGCUCUGUAGGUUUGAAAAAGCGCAAAGGAAGCGAUAUUAUACCAAGAAGGAAUAAGGGUGGCUUACGAUGGAGAAGGUUGACACGGAUUGCAAAUAACGCCAUUUUUAGUUAUGAAUAAGCCAAUUUUUGAGAUUUUUUAUUGUGGCGUAGCUUCUUUCCCAAUUAAAUAUCGCACGGCAUUCAUAAGUAGCAGGAUAAUUGCUGUCUAUUAAGCAAAUCUCAUAGAAAUAUUCUAGUUACUUUUCCUUGAUCUUAUUGUAAAAAAAAACAUAGCAAUCAUUGAGGACAACUUACGUGCUAAGUAAUGUGUCCUGUAGUCUCAAAAGAAACAUUUUCAUUGUCCAUGGAUGGGGGGGGCUAGUAACGUGAUGAAGCUCAAGUGAGGCAUUGCGUUACCCUAAUUUCCUUCGGUUAUUGUAGACAUCCCAUUUAAAGCAAGCAAGGGAACUUGAUGUCGAUCGCCUUCCAUUUUGGUUUCAUAGAUAUGGAAAUUUGAUACACCUUUUCUCUUUCAAUCUAUAAAUGUCAAACGCACCAUUUGUUUGCUGUCGUAUCGCGCAAUAUUGUUUUAGAAUUGAUUACUGAAGAAUUAGGAGUUAUUUAAACUUGUAUGAUAAGGAAACACGAAGCAGGAAGAAACAGCGAUGAGCCUUGUAAUAAUUGUACAGGAAUUCGUUGUCUCUGCCUGGUAAAAUGUUCGAUACUAUCAACUCAACUAACUACGUUUGUUUGAGUCUGUGGUUGCCUGGAAAAGUUUUCAAACAAAUUUUUCCAAAGCACAGUUUAUGAACGUAAUUUCUGUCCAUUUGCGUCUUGUUGAGUAUUUUUGAGUGCAAUUUGAUGUUGAUAAGUACGGUUACUCUGGUUUUACGUGGAAAAUAAUAAAUUUAAUGCCGACUCUUCAAAGUACAGGAAUGAAAUCAAGAAGAAGAAGAGUUAAGCCAUCCAAGUAGGGAACUCAGCCAGUAAGGCAACUGACUACGACGACACUCGAGCGAAUGUUGAACGCGGUCAGUUACAGGCAUCCCACGUAUUUAUGUCGCGUGUUUUAGUAGCAUUUAGUUUCCACAGUAACCACUAUCACCUUUUCGCACUUUAUUUGAAUAUUUAUGGUCAAAUUUAAGAAAACACUGAAGCUAUAAUAUUUUUAGUUUAGCUAGAAUAGAGAGUGUGAAAGUGCUCUACAUAUUUUUAUUCACUUGCCCCAAGAGUUCAAAGUAAGACUUUUACAUUGGAAUCAAUCUUCGUUGCACUGAAUACCUUUAUUAGAGCGACAAACGUUUUAAUUGUUCGAAGAUUGCGAGAGGAGCUCGGUAACGACUAAGUGAUAGAUCGGCUUAGACUCGGGAAACUUUCGAAGACCUUCGACCUUUCCGUCGUUCACCGAAAAGGAUUCUUUGCGAGAAGUAAACAACCAUGGUAAUAAAUUAUCUGUAAUUUAAUUUCUAAGCGUUAACAUUAAAUUCACUCACAGAACGUGGAGAAUGAAGUGUAUUUUUAGCCUUG